AUGUCAUACCAUAAAUAUACUCCAUCAACUGAUUUACAAAAGACUAUAAUACGAUGCCCAUAUACAAAAUGUCAAGCAAGAAUUAUAAAACCUAACGAUCAAAAAAUUCAUUCUUUGAAAACUGGUUAUGAAUGGUUAAAAGUUGAUCAAGAAACUAAUUCAAAUGAGAAAGAAAUUGAUGAGAAGUUUUUGAGAAUUGAAGAUUCAUGGGAUUUUGAUAAUAUUGGUGUUUCAAGAGAGAUUCCUUCUAAAGUAACUGAAAUUAAAGAAGGCGAAACUGAAGAAUUAGAUCAAAUUAAAGUGGAAAGAUUUAUAAUUUGUGCAGAUUGUGAAAGAGGUCCUUUAGGUUUUGGGAAAUUUGAUGAUGAUGAACAAGAUAAGAAUGUUAAGAAUUUGAAAUUUUAUUUACACUUGAAUAGUUGUGUUUAUCAAGAUUUAUAA